AUGAGACGAAUUUUAUGGCGAAUUCUUUUGUGCCUCUCGUGUCUAUUUCGCCUUUAUUUCUCUCUUUCAUCCCAUUUUAUUACACAUUUUUCCGUUCUCUCUCUCUCUUUCUUUCCUUUUUUCUUUCUUUUGCUUUCCUGUCUUUCUUUCUUCUUAUUAAUCCUUUCUCAUCUAUCUUUACAUUGUUGUUUAUUAUUAUUAUUUCGUCUUUAUCUUUCUUUCUUUCUUUCUUUCUUUCUUUCUUUCUUUCUUUCUUUCUUUCUUUCUUCAAAUCUCUCCCCUUCAUACUUUCUUUACCUCUCAUAUACCGCGUUUCUUAAUUCUUUCUUUCUUUUUCUUUCUUUCUUUUUUUCUUUCGUUCUUUCUUUGCCUUUCUGUCUUCUGUUCUUUCUUUCUAUCUUUCUUUCUUUCUUUUUUAUCCUUUCUCAUCUAUCUUUCCAUUUUUGUUAUAUUAUUACUGGAAUUUAUUCCAUUUCUAUUUCUUUUCUGUCUUACUUUUUUACUCUCUCUUUUUUACGCACUUCCAGACAUUCUGCCGCUGGAAAUUCUGCCAUUUUUAGAUACCCGUUAAUUUGCCCUUGUGAUUUCCUCAGGUUUUUAGUCUAUUCCUCAAUCGGCUCAUUUUUGUUUUUCUUUUCUUUGUUUGUUCUUCUUUUGUCACUUUCUUUCUUUUGUGCCUAUUCAUCUCAUUUCUUCAUUAAGUUCAUUGGAUUUCUUGCUUUCUUUCUUUUUAUCUUUCUGUCAUUCUUUCUUUCUUUCGUUCUUUCUUUCUUUCUUUCUUUCUUUCUUUCUUUCUUUCUUUCUUUCUUUCUUCAAAUCUCUCCCCUUCAUACAUUCUUUACCUCUCAUUUACCGUGUUUCUUAAUUUUUUCUUUUUGCUUUUUUCUCGCUUUCCUUCUUUUUAUCUUUCUUUCUUUUUAUCUUUCGUUCUUUCUUUCAUUCUUUCUUCUUUCUUUCUUCAAAUCUCACCACUUCAUAAAUUUCUUUACCUCUUUUACCGUUUUUCUUAAUUCUUUUUCUUUUUUCUUUCUUUUUUUCUUUCUUUUUAAUUUUCUUUCUUUCUUCUAUUCAUUCAUUCUUUCUUUCUUUCUUUCUUUCUUUCUUUCUUUCUUUCAAAUCUCUCCCCCUUCAUAA